GGUGUUCACCCAAAAGGGGAUCCCCUAUGAGGGGGAGGUCCUACUUGGAAGGAAAUAAACGCCCCACAAUUAGGAUAACACGAAAGAGGAUGCACAAAAAGAAGUUAUCUCAAAGCAGUAUCGAUUUACUAAUUGACAAAUUUUUAUUCAAGUUUGAUAAAAACCAUCACCAAUCGGAGGAGGACCUCCACGUGUGUGCAAAAUUUGCAACAUUGCAGAAUGAACUGAACAGAGCUUCCCGGUUAGCCAUCUUUGGAGGAGAAGGACACUCCAAAGUGGUAACGAACCAGAAGAGGUGGUACUCCUCCCUGUCGAGAAACCCCCCGUAUGUGUUUCACCCGAUUUACUCAAGUGUACCAAUGAAGGAAAAGUAUCAUCGAUUUAAAAUAAAAAAAUAUGAAAAAAUAUUUUCCCGUCUGAUUGAAGGAGGGAUAUACAACUCGGAUUAUUCCAUCCCCUCCUGCAACAUCAGUGAGAUGAUCACCCCUUUGUUCAGCAUUCAUGACGAAGGAUUUAUUGAAGAAAUAUUUUCCAUAGUGAUAAAUAACGAACAAGUGGAAAAGUACGAAUUGACUUUAUACCCUUAUUUGGUGUGCAGAUUUUUAAUUGAAAUUAAUGGCACCAUUUUGAGUUCCCUGUUGGCCAUGAAACAUUUUAUGUGCAUGCACAUAGGGGGGGGAAAUCAUCACUCGAAAAAAAAUCGGGGAGACGGGUUUUGCAUUUUUAACGAUGUUGCGAUAGCAGUUCAUUUUUUAUUGUCCCAUGGAUUGAUUGAUAAGGCCAUCAUUCUCGAUGUGGAUGUUCAUCAAGGGGAUGGGACAGCUGAAAUAUUUCGAAAUUGUGCGAACGUAAAAACGAUCAGUUUGCACUGCAGGGACAAUUUCCCUCCGGUGAAAGCAAACUCGACAAUAGACGUCGAGUUUGAUUCGUUCGCAACGGAUGCUGAUUAUCUGGAAGCAUAUAAAAAGGUUUUGGAUGAUAUAGCAGCCGAACAAAAUUGCAUCAUUUUUUACCUGUCCGGGGUGGACAUCAGUGCGGACGAUGACCUUGGCUUUCUGUCCGUGUCGGACGCGGGCAUUUAUCAACGGGACUUAAUGACUUACCAGAUGGCCCGUCAGAGGGGCAUCCCCGUCGUCACCGUGCUGUCUGGGGGGUACAACGAGUGCGAGGAGGUCCUCGCGGAGAAGCACCUCUUGACCUUUCGGU